AUGAGCUCCUCCAGUGUUCGAAAUGUUCUUUCGACGCGACAACAGAGUGAUAACCAGAAUCGAAGGAACCGGAAUUCUUCACCUGCUGGUUGCGCGGCGUUUUUGGCUCCCCUGGUGACAAGUGUGUACACCGCGAUCCUCCUCCCCACGCCUCAUCACUCUCUUCUUCGGCAUCUUCGCUAUCCUUCCUAUGCGCUUCUCCCCCCAUCUCUCCUGUGGUCACCUUUCCACAAAGCCACAUCAGCGACCUCAUCGUGUACGCAUCCGCCAAGGACGCAACCCGUUCACAGCACGCAAGCGCACCGGCUCAAACGCAGCAAACACGAAGUCGAAAAGGAAAUAAAAAGAAAGUAAAAGAAAGCCACUAAAGGAGAGCGGAAAACGGGCUUGAUUCGCAGAAGCAAAAAGUCAUGAGCGCGCAGAGCGGCGGGUCAGACUUUCCGAUCGUCACGACAGAUAUUAGCGGAAAAAAGUACACAAGAAGAUGAAGAAGAGGGAUCCGAGAGGAAAAGGAAGGAAAACGAAACGAAGAAGAAGGAGCAUGCGUCCAGACGGUGUCACAAAG